AUCAGCAGAGUGUCGAGUGGACUCUGCGAACGACAACAACAACAAGGAGGACCGGUUUGGGGGGGAUUCUAACCGGAUCGGGACCAUCACCGACCGAAAUGUACGCGUUCGUGAGGUUCUUGGAAGACAACUUAUGCUACGCCUUGCACGCAUCCUGUGUGAAGGACUUCAAACCCAAGUCUCGAUUUGACUUUGACAACCAGAAGGUGUAUAUGGUGUACCAGAACCUGGAUAGCGAAGGCGAGAACUGUGGUAACUGGGGCCCUUUGCAAAAGGCCCAGAUCUUAGCACUUGCAGAUAACAAAGCUGAUCUUGAAAACAGUGUGAUGCAGAAGAAAAUUAAGAUACCUAAACUAACACUGGAUGGCCUAAGUGAACAUGAAUUUGAGGAGCUAAAAGAUUCUGAGAAAAUCAGUGAUGAACUUGGGCACAACAAGUCCAUACAGAAACAAGAUGGCAGGAAAAACGAUGGCUCAUACAGAAGUCUUGAAGCAGUUGUUGCUCGGCUUGAAAAGAAAAAUGGGACAAACUUCAUUUGUAAUACAGAUGACACACUAAUGGAAACAUCUGAAUGUAGCCCCAAUGACAGUCAUGAUGUUGCCGUAGUUCCCCGGAUAAUGUAUGAGGAGCUACUAAGGAAUUAUCAACAGCAGCAACAAGACAUGCGACACCUUCAACAGGAACUUGAAAGGACAAGGCGACAGCUUGUUCAGCAAGCAAAAAAACUGAAAGAAUAUGGGUCUUUGGUUUCUGAAGUUAGAGAAUUACGAGACUUGAACAGGCGGCUUCAGGAUAUGCUGCUCCUAAGGCUAGGCAGUGAUUGUACACCAGCACAGUUCUCAAGUGGGACAAAUGGGCCAUCAAGCAGUAUAAAGACAGACAGUUCACCACUGGUGGAACCUUUGAGAGUUAACUGUCCAGACUCUGUUUCUGAGCAAGAGGACGUUAAACAGGAACCUAUAGAAUCAGACUUUGAAUUGCAAGACUCCUACGGUGAGGAAGCAAACACAUCAUCUUACCACCCUUUACCUGUUCCUGUAUUGGACAAGUAUGUUUUAGAGAACGGAAGGGUACAUCUUGGGAAUGGAAUUUGGGUGGACGAAGAGCGAUGGCAUCAGCUGCAGUUAACACAAGGAGACUCUAAGUUUACAAAGAAUUUAGCAGUUAUGAUCUGGGGCACAAAUGUUCUCAAGAACAGAAGCGUCACAGGGGUUGCAACAAAGAAAAAGAAGGAUGCAGUUCCUAAACCUCCACUUUCACCUCACAAGUUGAGCAUUGUACGAGAAUGUCUGUAUGACAGAAUAGCUCAAGAAACGGUGGAUGAAACUGAAAUUGCACAGAGACUUUCCAAAGUCAAUAAAUAUAUUUGCGAAAAAAUCAUGGAUAUUAAUAAAUCUUGUAAAAAUGUAGAAAGAAAAGAGUCAAAGUUCAGUUUGCAAUAAAUUUUUUUGAUUUUUAA